AAGCUCGGUCACUCUGUCGUGGAGACAUCAAGGAGACGCUCCUCUUCAGCAACGAGCGACGAGGAAACCUUGAACAGAGAGAACUCGUGAACACUUGUACUACCAGUCGACACUACCGACCACAUCGCUACCACUUUCUCCUCCAACUUACCCUUCCUGAGGGCACGACAGCCGGUAUCAGCGGGCCAUACGAGGUGCGACAAGAUGCCGUCGGUACGAAGCGCAAUUGCACUAGCAUUGGUGUUGUCCCUCUUUGCGGAGUGGUCGCAAGCAAUGCCGGCUAUGGACAAAGAUAAAGACAGGCUCCUGAACGCUGUGGACCUAAUGGACGAUGACGGCAACAUCGAGACGGCCCUGAUUAAUUACCUCUUCACCAAGCAGAUCGUGAAGCGACUACGCAAUCAGCUGGACAUCGGCGAUCUGCAGCGUAAACGCAGCUACUGGAAGCAGUGCGCCUUCAAUGCGGUGUCCUGCUUCGGUAAAUAGGCGGCUGCGACCGAGGAAAAGGGAGAGAGAGAGAGAGAGAGAGAGAGAGAGAAAGGGAGAGAGUGAGAGUGAGAUACGGGAAGAAAAUUAUACAAGAGAGAUAAGAAAGAAACAGAAACUUUCUUCAUCGCGCGAUCCUGUCCGAUUUUAGGAAGCUUUUUCCUUCGCGAUUCCAAGUAGCUGCAAAAAUUAUUUCAUCUGUGUAACUUCAUCAGCUGUGUCCUCGAGUCCUCCGCGGCGAUUUUCCUUCAUGAGAUAAUCACUGUAAAGAAUGAGCGAAUAAGCGACUGAGUAAUUGAGUGAGACGGCGCAGAUGGGAAUACAGAAAAAAAAAAAAAAGGAGAAAAUGAUACAACUAACGUUACGUGUUAGACGCGAUUACAUAUCAGAGGACACGCACCACGUGCCAAGUCUGAUUACAUUCUCUCUUCCGAAUCACCUUGUAUUGCCCGCCUGUACCUUGGCUCGCUGUUUGUAACGUCGAUAUGUUUAAUUAAUGUAAUCGCGUUCGUUGUCAAUGUCUCGCCUAUGUAUGUCAGAGUGCCGCGUCUGUUAAUUAUUAAACGAACGUAAUUGUCCCAAUUAUAAA